CAGGAUGAGGACCUGGUAUGUAAUUGAGCAGAGAAAAGUCACACGAGCAAUGCAAAAAAAGUGAGACGACCUGGACCUGGAGGGAGUAGAAUUUGACCUCGUCAACUUGAUAAAGAAAUGUGGGUUCUGUCUGCUCUGUUACUCUCAUCUUCUUGCUGGGCUAACAUUUUGCAACUCAGUGAAAAAUUUUCUUUAAUGGGUGUAUAGGUAUUAGAUACACACAUCAAUGAUGUAUAUAUUCAGGUUACUAGGGGACAUGAGCCAUCUGGCUGCUGGUGUUCUUUUGAUUUUCAAGAUUCACUCCAUGAAAUCUUGUGCUGGCGUUUCACUAAAGACUCAAGAGCUUUAUGCUCUUGUCUUCGCUACUCGCUACCUGGAUAUUUUCAUUUAUUUUAUCUCGCUAUACAAUUCUGUAAUGAAGAUAUUCUUCUUCGGGAGCUCUUUGUCUAUUGUUUGGUACAUAAGGCAUCACAAAAUUGUCCACAAAUCCUAUGAUAAACACCUAGACACAUUUCGCCACUACUUUCUUUUGCUGCCUUGUUUUCUUCUGGCCCUAGUUACAAAUGAAAGGUUCACUUUCCUAGAGGUAAUGUGGACAUUCUCUGUAUAUUUGGAGGCUAUUGGCAUACUUCCUCAGCUAGUGUUGGUACGAAGGACAAGAAAUAAUGACAAUUUGAUAGGGCAAUAUGUGUUCCUCCUUGGUGCAUAUAAAGCAUUCUACGUCUUGAACUGGAUAUACCGCUACUUCGCGGAACGACACUUUGUUCUUUGGAUAUCUUUGAUAUCCGGGAUUAUUCAGGUAUCGCUUUACGCUGGUUUCUUCUACUACUACUUCCGGAGGACUGCCAUGACUGACAAGCUUGUAUUUGAGACUGAAAGUGAGUCGUUGGUUUUACCAAGCAGUGUUGAUUUGGAAUCGGGAAUCAGGUCAAUAAGUGACAGCUGUGGUUGUCCGAUGCCGUGCCCUGGUGGUGAAGGAUGCCAAGGAUGCCAGUUUAACGCUGCUAGUUCAGGUGAUAUUGAGCAUAAGCAGUGCUCUUGUGGCUCACACUGUGGCUGCAACCCUUGUGGUUGCUCUGACGCUGUUUCAGGUGGUUCCACCAAGGCCUUCUGCAAGUGUGGUGAUUCUUGCACUUGUGCUACUUGUGCCUCUGAAAUAUGAAUCACUUGUUGAAAUGUACAUAUCAGUUUGACUAUGUUGCUGCUUAUGCCAAGUUCUGGUGCAUAUAUCAUAUGUAUAACUGUUGUAUUAGUGAAUAAAGUUUAGACAUACAUAUUAGUAUGUUCAAGGCUCAAGGGAUUUAGUUCAAUCUGUUUGGAUACUAUCUCUUUACAUUUUUAGAAUUCUA